UUGAGGCGGACGGUGCGUCGAACAGCCAUGGAGUCGGCGCCUCGUUUGCCGAUGCUUUCCUGUGAAUUGAAAAGUAGCCCGUCAAAUGCGGAAUUCGGUCCAUUUCUAAAGAAGUACAUUGCGGAGUAUUACCUUGAAGACCCAGAUUCUUACAACAAUGAAAUUAGAGAACUGGAAGCCCUGCGCAUGGCUGCUAUCAAAGUUUCCAGAGAUUUUACUGGCUGCAGCGUACUCAAACGCUACUACUCACAGUUGCUCUGUCUUCAGAGCCGGUUUCCUAUGACUGAUGAAGGAGCUGCUUGUGUCCCGUUCAUGUGGACUGACAUCUACUCAGGAAUGGUGUUCAAUAUCAUGGACAUCAAAUAUGAGCAAGCCAGCAUUCUCUAUAACAUUGGUGCUUUACAUUCCAAGCUGGGAGCCCUUGAGAAUCGGACCAGCUCAGAGGGCAUGAAGAUAGCCUGCACUCACUUUCAGUGUGCUGCUUGGGCUUUGAGCCAAGUGAAAGACCUUUUCCCCCAGCCCAAGGGCAGCGACAUGUCCCACGACCUCUUGCUGUUCUUUGUGAACAUUUUCCUGGGCCAGGCCCAGGAAUGUAUUUUGGAAAAGUCAAUGUUGGACCGUCGCAAGUCUUCCAUCACUGCCAAAGUGGCCACACAAGUGGUUGAAUACUUUCGUGCGGCUGUGUCACUUCUGCUUGCUGGCUCCACAAGUUCAGACUCUGGCUCCAUACAAGAGAUUGUUGGCACCAAAUUGAUGAAGCUUUGGAAGAAGAUCUUGGACUUCAAGAUGGCCUACUACUCAAGCGUUUCUUGCCUGCACAUGGGAAACCAAGCUGAAGAAGCCCAGAAAAUGGGUGAACGCCAGGCGUGGUACCAGCUUGCUGUGCAGCAUCUCAAUGAGGCAACUUCGAUUGCAAAGGGCCUAGAAGAGGAAAAUCUUGGAGAAACACUUUCCUUUGCAAUGGAUGUGAUUGGUGGAAAGUUUAACGCUGCAAAAAAGGAGAACGAGUUUGUCUACCAUGAGAGAGUGCCACCUGUGGAGUCCUUGCCAGAAGUUAAAGGAGCCAACUUGGUCAAAGGCAUUUCCUUUAGUCCUACUGAUCCAGAAAUAAGUGGUCCUGACAUUUUUGCGCGGCUUGUUCCAAUGGAAGCCCAUGAAGCAUCUUCUAUUUACAGUGAAGAGAAAGCAAGUCUUCUACGCUCAGUAACCAGUCAUGUAGACAGGAAGAAUGAAGAGCUGGAAACCUUCCUGUCAUCACUCAACCUGGAUAAAAGCAUGCUGGUAAUGGACCCCCAAGCAGUGCCGCAAGAGAUUGUGCAGUGUUGUGCCAGGCUGAGUGUGUGCCCUACAGCUGUUAGUGACCUGGUGCUUACUAUCCAAGGUCUGAAGGAGCUAUAUCACAGUGUGGACAAGGACCUUGCACAGGUGGAGCAAUUGUUGAAGGAAGAGCAAGAAAAGGAAGCAGCCCACGGCUCUGCAUUUGGCACAAGGCCACCCUCAAACCUGAUCAAAGAGCUUACAGCAGAGUUUACCAAGUACCUGGAGGUACACCAGCGCACAGCAGAUUCCAACAAUGCCCUGCAGAAGAGUUUGGCUGCCCACUCAGCAAACCUUAAACUGCUGGCUAGCCCUCUAGAAGAAGUGGAUAAAGCACUGCCCUCAGUGUCACUGCUUGAUGUGCCCAACAAUGAGGCUGUGGUGAAGGAACUCUCUCACCUGCUGGACAAAGUCGAAGAGAUGAAGAAGCAGAGGCAAAUGCUACAUUCACACCUGAGGGAUACACUCCAAAAAGAUGACAUCACAAGGCAAAUAGUAACUAGGAACAAGGGUGAAGACCUGCAGGCAUUUUUCGCUGCCGAGCUGAAAAAGCACGAUCAAGAGGUGUCACUUUUGGAGCAGAACUUGACAGCACAAGACAACAUUCUGAAAGCAUUGACCCAGGCCAAUGCCAGAUUUGCAGAGACACGGAAGGCUGCCUCUGAUAUCCUGAAAAGGAGAGACGCUAUGGUGGCAUCGUUGAUUGCGUCAUUUGAAGCUUAUGAAGACUUAGUAUCUAAAACCCAGAAAGGAAUUGAGUUCUAUAAAAAGAUGCAGACCAAUGUGAGCAAGCUCCUGACCAGGCUUCGUAGUGUCAUCAAAGUGCAGGAUGAAGAGCGUGCACUGCAGCUGGAAGCACAAGCACGUAAAGCUGGAAAACUAGGAGGAGGCCUUCCUAGUUCAUCAUCAGGAAGCAUGAAGCUGAAGGACUUCUUGCCAUAUAUGACAGGUCAAAGCAUGCCAGUUCCAGCACAAACAACUGGCUCUUCCGCCUACUACCCAACAACCAGUUACAUGGGUUAUCAAACGCCACAAGCCAUACCUCAAGCAAGCAGUGAAAAAGGCACUGCUGAGGCUUUAGAUAAAGCAGCAGAUGUAAUGGGUAUGGGCGUGCGUCCCACACCGCUUGGAUCUGAGCAGACUUCUCCUCAGCUUUCUGCCCAAAACGAUGGCUAUAUUCCUAGUGCCUACGCAACACCGCCUUUCUCUGAAAGCUUCUCAAGUUCUGAUAAAUAUGGCAAACUGUCACAGAUGUCAGUCAGUAGCUCUUUGCAGCCUGGCAUUUCAAGCCCUUCGAUGGCCUAUCAAGCCGGUUAUACUGAGGCAGCAUCAAGUGUUCCAUCUAGUAUGAAUGCUGCCAUACCUUGCAGGAAUCCUGCUGUUAUGCCAGUUGAAAGGACACCUAUGGGGACCAUGUCAGAGUACCAUGGUUACUCAGAGUACACACCAUCAGGCAUGUACAACCUGCCAACCAGCCCUGCAUCUACUCUGACGUAUACAUUUCGCAAUGCUAACCUCCUGUCACAAGGGUCUGAAAGCCAACGGCCACCCGAAAGCUCUAGUUUCAUGGCCUCCACUAGCAACACGUAUGCCUAUGGUCAGAGUGUGAUGAGCCCCCAGCAAGGUGCCCAACAGGGUAUGUCCUAUCAAUCUUAUGCCAAUGCAAUAGCAACGUCAACAACUCUUCCUGCACAGCCAGUGUACUACGGACUUGGCUACGGCCAACACCCAUCUACGCUCAGCAUUCAGGCACCCGUUUCAUAUGCUCAAAGUUACAACCCUCAGCAGCAGGGCACACAUGCAUCAACACCCUGCCAACAACCAGCAUCUGGAGACAAUCAUUCUGCACCAAUGGCUUCUAUGUAUGGGGUGUACCCUGGAAGCUAUUAUGCCCGCGGUGCUGACCAGGCUGAUCCACAGCAGCAACUGGCAUUUCAAGCUGCAAUGCCACAGUCAUCAAACUUGCAAUCUUAUGCCAACAACUCAUGGGGUUACCAGUCCCCACAGGUGAUGCAGUACCCUUCUACAGUGGGAUCAACAUCUGGAACAGCAACGGUAGAGGCAACAGGUGUGGUACCCUUUCAGCCAGUGGCAGCUGGACCAGCAUGUGAUGUUGCUGGUGAGGUCCGUGCUUCACAGUCUCUGCAGCCUGGGACUUAUGUGAUGGAUUCCACUGUGCCUCUUGUGCCUGAGGCAGCCAAAAAAGACCUGCUUUCUGCAACACUUGACUCCACGCCGGAUGCAAAUGCUCAAGUAGCUGUCCUUCAACCGCAGGUGCUUUCAAGUGACAGCUGGAAAGACCGGGGCAACAAAGCUGAGGAGAAAUCUAUGGAUGCCCGCAUGGUUGGGAAAGAUCCUUUGUCAGACCCUGCUGCUCUGGAAAAGUUUAUUACAGAAGUAGAACGUUUUGAGAAGUAUGUUGAAGGCCUCACUAAAAAGUCCCUUAAUGGCCCCACUCUCUUGGAACAAAAGUGGAAGGAAUACUUAGAUGCUCAAGAUAGGGAGUCUCGAAAACUUUCAAUAUCAGUGGCACGAUGCUACCCAAUGAAGAACCGCAUUCCAGAUGUUAUGCCAUAUGACCACAACAGAGUUGCCAUGACAUCGCAGAGGGAUGACUACAUCAAUGCUUCUUUUGUCAAAGACCUGACGCCAUUUUGCCCAAGCUACAUCCUCACUCAAGCCCCUCUGCCAGCAACAUUCUCUGACUUUUGGGCAAUGGUAUGGGAGCAACAAGCAGAAACAGUAGUGUGCCUCCAAAGUAACUUUGAGCUGAAGAGCCACAUCUACUGGCCUGUGGAGAAAGGUCAACAGAUUAAGCAUGGAACACUUACUGUUUGCCUACAGUCUGUCAAAGAGAAACAGUUUUACAUUGAGCGUAUGAUCAACAUCAUCAACAGUGAUAAUCCAAAGGUGUCUCGAGUAGUUAUCCACCUACAGCUUCUAGACUGGCCACUCAGUGGGAGUCCAGCUAGUCCAGCACAGUUGCUCAGCUUCAUUUCGGAAGUCCACAACUUUCAUAAGACCCAAAGGAAUCACUCACGUCCUAUUGUGGUGCAUUGCUUGGGUGGUGUUGGGCGGAGCGGAGUGUUCUGCAUUGUGUCAGCAGCCAUCAAGGAAAUAGCUGCUGGCAAUGGCCUCCUGGACAUUCUCAGCACUGCCAUCAAGUUGGCCCAGAGCCGCAAGCUUUGUAUUCAGGAGAAGGAGCAGUUCAAGUUCUGCCAUGACGUUGUCUUGUAUCAUGCUCAAGACUUGCUGAUAAAAAGAGGUAUUUUAACUAGUACUCCAAGCUUUGGGGCAAAGGCACACACGGGCACGCCUUCACAUGUACGCCAUCCAUCUGAAGACUUCAUGCUGCGCUCAGGUUCAUCAAGCCAGAGAGCAAGCAUUGUGCCCGAUACACCAGCUGCUACAGCAACUGCUUCCACUUCAUUUGCUGAUGCCAGUGAACCAGGCCCUUCUACUCGUCAAGACACUGUAGUGCAGCCUAUGGCAGUUGAAGACGAACCUCAACCCUCAACAUCUACAGCUCCUGAAGGUGGAAGGGAUAGUGGCAGUGACCAGUCAUUUGCACCUCAGAUCAUUGAUGAGCAAGCUUGUGCUGCUGCGAUUGCGGCACUGGUUACUCCAGCUCCUGAGAGUAAGGACAGUGGGGCGACCACAGUGGUUGAUCUCUUGGACCCUGCAACAUUUACCUUAGACCCUGGUUAUGGUACGCCAGCCAAACAGAAGAUCACGCGCGAGAGCUUCAUGAACCCUCAGGGUACUCUGGCUCAGAGUAAACCGGACCCUAUGGACCCUCUGAGUCAGCUGGACCCUCUGUGGUCGCUAAAAAAGGGAAAAGAAUGAACUUUCUACAGACAAGGUCUGCUGCGCAGGUCUUGUAUUGCUUGUAGUGGACCAUAUUUUUUGUUGGGUGUAAAUUCAUUUUGUGCAGGCCACAAAGUGUGUGGCUGUUCGGCUUGAAGCUUUUGUUUCAGUCUAUUGUCUUUAUUAGCACUUGUGUGAGUGAGUGUUUCAGUUGUAUGGAGUAAGGUUUUAUAUAUGUUGUUAAAACAGUUGGUUUGAUGUACGUCCCAUGGGCACAAGAAGGUGUGAUGUUUUUUUUUCUUUACCAGAGAGUAACCAAUGUUGUAUCUUUUUAUUGUAAGCUUGUAUAUUUAAUAAUAAAAAAAUGUUUCAAAUGUUGCA